CACCGCCUCCCUCCAUCUCUCUAGUGCGCGUGCAAACGCCUGUAUGUACAUUUCUGGCACGCUGCAAUUUUGCCAGGGGUCAGAGUUUUGACAAAUUUCUCUGUUGUUGGUGUGUGUAUUAUUUACAAUAUAUGCAUAUUUAUUUAUAGGACAAUUUUCUUUCUGUUACGCAUUACUUUACAGCGCGUGUCAUCAUUAACUCCAAAAACGAGCAGGACCUUUUCGCGCGAGUUUCUCGGGUGCUCCAAACCAAGCGAGUGAUCGUUGCUGUCGUGGGCAUCGUCAUGGUCGUGGCGCUGAUCGUGAUCCCGCUUCUGCUCAAGACCUCUGUGAUUUCAGCACACUAUGAGAUGAUGGGCACUUGCCGGAUGAUCUGUGAUCCAUACAACGCCAAACCGAGCGCCACCGCGCUGGAGGUGAUGCAGGACCUUAGCGUCAUACCACCAGCUUUUGCUCAAGGGACUAGAGGCGAACCUGGGCGGCCGGGCAAACCUGGGCCGAGGGGUCCACCUGGGGAACCUGGCCCACCUGGUCCCAGGGGACCGCCUGGAGACUCCGGGAGACCUGGAUUUACCGGAAGCACAACGGGGACGGCGCGCACCGAGACGGGAGACGUUGCCGCAGCGUUAGGGAACGUCAAGAUUGCGUUUUAUGUCGGUCUUAAAAACCCUCACGAGGGCUACGAGGUGCUCCGGUUUGACGAUGUAGUGACAAAUGUAGGAAGUCACUACGACCCCACCACCGGGAAGUUCACGUGCCAAGUGUCCGGGAUUUACUACUUCACCUAUCAUGUGCUGAUGCGCGGAGGGGACGGCACGAGCAUGUGGGCAGACCUCUGCAAAAACGGACAGGUGCGCGCGAGCGCAAUCGCGCAGGACGCAGAUCAGAACUACGAUUACGCGAGUAACAGCGUCGUGCUGCAUCUGGACUCUGGCGAUGAGAUAUAUGUCAAACUGGACGGAGGAAAAGCGCACGGAGGAAACAACAACAAAUACAGCACUUUCUCCGGCUUCAUUCUCUAUCCAGACUGACCUCAGAAAUGCUUCAAUGACUUGAUUACUUUAUUGUCGUUGCUGUCUGUACUAGGUUGGGAGUAUAAGAAUGAUCUGUACUCUGCGCCUUUGUGACAAUAUCUUGUCCAAUUUAUCCCUUUCUUUUUAAAGACUUGCAUCAGGAUAUCAGACGUAACCAUUAUUAUCCAUUAUUUAUUGUUUUAGCUGUGUUUGCACAAAUUAAAUCAUUUUCUUGUCAUUAUAUGCUA